ACAAGCAAGUAAGGCUUUCAAGUUCGGCGUCGAGGAGUAGCCAGUUGUUGCCGCUCUUUAUUUCUCCUGUUGGCGGGGUGCGCGGGGGAUAGAUAGCUUGAUUCUGUGCCGAGCUGAGCUGGUUUUGUUGCCUGCUUACCAGAUCCGUCAAAAGCUUGUUGUCGUCCCGGCGGGGUUUCUGCCGCUAUGGGGCUCACGUUCACUAAGCUGUUCUCCAAGUUGUUUUCGAAACGGGAAAUGCGUAUUCUGAUGGUGGGUCUCGACGCAGCUGGUAAGACCACGAUUUUGUACAAGCUGAAGCUGGGUGAGAUCGUCACCACCAUCCCGACCAUCGGGUUUAAUGUGGAGACUGUAGAAUACAAGAACAUCAGUUUUACCGUUUGGGACGUCGGAGGUCAGGACAAGAUCCGACCAUUGUGGAGACACUACUUCCAGAAUACUCAGGGGUUGAUUUUUGUGGUGGACAGUAAUGAUAGAGAUCGUGUUGUAGAAGCACGGGACGAGCUGCAUCGCAUGUUGAAUGAGGACGAGCUGCGUGAUGCGGUACUGCUGGUGUUUGCCAACAAGCAAGAUCUCCCAGAUGCCAUGAACGCUGCUGAGAUAACUGAUAAGCUUGGGCUCCACUCACUGCGCCAGCGCCAUUGGUAUAUCCAGAGCACAUGCGCAACUUCCGGAGAGGGUUUGUACGAGGGAUUGGAUUGGCUUUCAAGCAACAUAACUAACAAGUCUUGAUCGGUUGAACGUGUGUAUACGGCAAUAUAUGGAGCUUUGUGGACCUCAAUGACACUCCAUUUACUUGAGGUUUAGAGGGUGUGGCGCGCCCGCAUUGUAGACUUGGUUAGGUGUUGUAGGUUAGGACUUACUAUUUUUGAAUGACGCUGUCCCUAGUGCUUAGGUGAGCGCAGUGCCUGAGGCAUGUGUAAGCUAAAAUGCUAUUUAGGUCCUUGAUGGAUCUAUCUACCUUUCAUUUAUGUGUUCGGAUGCAUGAGAAUGACCGACCUGGAUACAUGUUUUUAGUU